AUGGCCCACAGACAAGAAUUCCUGCUCAAGCUCGCCCGUGGACUCAUGACGUUCGGCGCCCCUUCUCAUCGGAUUGAAUCUCAACUUGUUGCAGCUGGCCGCAUACUAGAGGUAGAAGCUGAAUUUAUACAUCUCCCUAGCGUCAUUAUCUGCUCCUUUGGCGAUCAAGAACUCGGCUCUUCGGAAACUCAUUUCGUUAGAUGUGGUGGCAGACUUGCCUUAGGUGCACUCCAUAAGGUUCAUUUGAUAUAUCGAGCAGUGGUACACGACGAGAUCAGCGCGAAGAAGGCGGCUGAGCAGCUAGACGAUUUGCUCAAAGCACCUCCACUCUACUCAGCUCCUUUUCGAUGCUUGCUAGCGUUUUGCCUUUCCUCCCUCAUUUGUCCCCUGGCUUUCGGUGGUUCUUUCUUGGACAUGUGGAUAUCUGGAGCAGGUGCACUGAUAUUGUCCGUUCUUCAACUGUGCGCGACGAAGAGUGCGCUUUAUGCUAAUGUAUUCGAGAUUACGGUCGCAAUUUUUGUCUCGUUUACAGCCAGAGGUCUGAGUAGUAUCCGAUCCCGAAUCUUCUGUUAUACCGCCAUCUCUUCAGCAGGAAUUAUUGGUAUCUUGCCUGGUUAUCUCAUCUUGAGCAGCUCACUCGAGCUUGCCUCCAAAAACAUUGUGUGUGGUAGCGUCAAGAUGGUUUAUGCCUUGAUCUAUACGCUUUUUCUGGUAUGUCACCUCAAGUUCUGCAAGAAUUCUAGAUCUGAAGCAGAGAUUAUCCAGGGCUUUGGUUUACAGAUUGGCUCCGACUUUUACCUUCUCUUUGAUAGGCCCAUGCGCCACAAGCUGGACACCCUAGCGUCGUCUCUGCAAAACACGGUCUCUCUCUCUGGAACUUGGGUUUCGGAUAACGGCACCAACACUAGUAUACCCUUGGUUGGCACCUGGACCUUCUCUCACGCGGUGACACUCAAGGCAAAGGACAUCCACGACGGAUGUUACCGACCUUCUAGUUUCUCCUGGUACCUCCAACCUUUCCCGUCAUGGACCGCCUUCAUCAUCGUUCCAGUCUUUUCGUUAAUGUCAUCUCUGGCCAACCUGCAACCAUUCAAGAGUAAACAGCUUCUAGUAAUGGUGGUCAUUUCAUGCUGUUCCUACGCUUCCAACAAAGUUGCGAACUACUACAUCUUCAAUCGAUCUGAUGUUGUGUCUGCCAUUGGAGCGUUCACUGUGGGCGUAUUGGGGAAUGUUUAUUCGCGUAAGAUGGGAGGAACCGCUUUUACUUCGAUGGUUACCGGUGUCUUAUUUUUGGUCCCGUCUGGCUUGUCGCAAGCUGGUGGGAUCACGGCAAACGGUAAUGGUAUUGAUAUUGGUGGGGCAAUGAUAGCUGUCACCAUCGGAAUCACAGUAGGUCUAUUCAUGAGCCAGGCAUUAGUCUACAUGUUUGGAACGCGCAAGAAUGCAGCAGUCUUUUCAUUCUAA